AUGCGGAUGUGUAUGCGGAUGUGGAUAAGAAUACGGAUACGGAUACGGAUACGGAUACGGAUAUGAAUGCGACGGCGAUCCGUCGGGAUCUCGGUCGGGGCCCGAGAGACCGGGUGAAGGGGCAGCAGCGGAGGAGUUGGAAACGAUCGGAUAGCCCUGGUGGCCCGGAUACCCAGAGUAUCCGGAUGAGUGUCCAGGAUGUCCAGGAUACCCAGGAUGGUUUGGUGUGGGUCCGUGAGAACCUGGUGGCUUGGAGUUGGGCGGCGGGUGCGAUUGCGACAGAUAGGGCCCCCCGGAUCCGUGGCCGAGUGAGCCAUGACCAGCUUGCCGUGCCGAUUGCGAGGCUGCGGCGGACCCUUGUGGAGGCGGUGGAGUGGACUGAGACUGAGGAGGAAAGUGCACCAGGGACGGCGAAGUCUGGUGGUUGGGCGGAGGCGUCGGGUGAGUUGGAUGCGGACCUUGGGUGCGAGACGGCUGGGCCCGAGGCGGUGGUGCAUGUGUCCUUGACGACAACAACGCAGGACUACCGCCGUAUGGCUGUGGCUGCCCAGAUGAAUUCGGAUGAUAUGAGUCUGGGUAGUGAGACCAUUCGCUCUCAGCGUAAGGUCGGCUGGCAGGUGCGGGUGCCAUCCCCGAGGGAGACAGAUAGGAGUGGGAAUGCUGGGCUUGCGGUUGUAACGGCUGGGACUGAGACUGCACUUGAGGCUGGGGCGGCCGAUGUAUCAGAGGCGAGGUUGGGUGCGGAGGGAGCUUCGACGGCGGCUGCAGAUGGAGCUGCGGCUGCGGCGGGGUUGGUGUGAAGCCCUGAUUGCCUCGCCAGUCCGGGACAUUUUCGUUGUGCUCGCUCUCAGGAUGAGACGAAUACCGGAUGUGCUCGCUUGCUGCAGAGGCGCAUCAGCACAGGCGGGGCAAUGGAGGGCAAUGGAGGGCAAUGGACGAGAAGGACCAGGGUCAGCGCACGACGAUCAAAUGGACCAGGAUCAGGAGCCAGCGGCGCGGGACCAGCGCUUUGCUCCCUGCUGCGAUACCCGGACGGGGAAAUCCCGAACAAGUGCCUGCUC